GCCCUCGAUUCUUUCAAAAAGGAGGAAAACGAAAGGCGAGAAGGCAUUUCGAAUUUGAGGGAAAAGAUAAGCCGAGAAAAACCAUGACUAACCAACUCUGCAAGCUGUUCGUCGGUGGAUUGAACGUACAGACGACAAAUGAGGGACUUCGACAACAUUUCGAGCAGUACGGUCAGCUUACCGACUGCGUUGUGGUUCAGAAUCAGCAACUACAGCGGUCCCGCUGUUUCGGCUUUGUGACCUACUCGACUGAGCAGGAGGCCGACGCAGCAAUGGCCGCCAGACCACACACCGUAGACGGCCACGGCGUGGAAGUGAAAAGAGCCGUGGCGCGAGAAGACGCCGGGAGACCAGAGGCCCACGCCAAGGUAAAGAAAAUUUUCGUCGGUGGGCUUAAAGACGAUAUAGAAGACGAACACCUACACGACUAUUUUUCCCAAUAUGGCGCUAUCGAGAAGGCUGAAGUUAUCAGCGACAAGCAGACCGGCAAGAAGCGUGGGUUCGGCUUUGUCUACUUUGAAGAUAACGACUCUGCCGACAAAGCGGUGGUGCUGAAAUUUCACACUGUCAAUGGACACAAAGUGGAGGUGAAGAAAGCCCUGACCAAGCAGGAGAUGCAGGCUGCUGGGGGACGAGGCGGCAGGGGGGGGAGAGGCGGACGAGGAAUGGGACGGCCUCAAAAUGGCUACGGUGGGGGAAGAGGAGGUGGUUACAGCAGCUAUGGUGGUGGCUAUGGGGGAGGAGGCUACGGAAGCAGUGAUGGCGGAUACGGCGGCGGCGGCUAUGGCAGCGGAGGAGGCUACGGUGGAAGUUACGGAGGAACCGGCGGGUACGGAGGAGGCUAUGGCGAUAGCUAUGGUGGCGGAAAUGGCUACAGUGACUUUGGCAGCGGAUACGGCCAACAGUCAUCUGGCUACGGGCCCAUGAAAGGAGGCAGCAGCUACUCCGGCCGAAGCAGUGCCCCUUACUCCCGAGGGGGUGGAGGAGGCUAUAGCAGGGGGGGCUACGGCGGCUCUUACUAAGCCGAGAGACUGGGUCGAGCGGCCGUUUCGUCUCUUUGCCGCCAGUUAUAGCCAUUUCUUUGGACAUCAAACAGAACUCAAAACAGUCAAGUUUGCUAUUGCUGAGACACCUGGCAAAAUAGCGGACACUGAAUCCUAAUCCUAAAGAAGACCUCGAGUGACCCUAACAGGAAGCUUCAGUGGCCUGCCCUUGCCCCCUCCAAUCACCUGUGGCUUUUCAUUGGCUGCAAACGGUUUUGGUGGCGUGUGCAAAGGACCGGGAAAAUUUCCAGGAACGUCCUCAACCGCUCAGGGACGGCUGAGCGGCUUGGCGUGUUCUGCCCCUCGUGCAACGGAAGUGUGCUGAGCUGCUGCCUGAGACGUCUGCUGUUGGUGGGGGCGGGGGGGUAAAGGGGCGGCGGGCAGUGUGGCAGAAUUUUCGAAGAUCUUUUAAAAUGUAAAGAAGUUUUUUUUGGAAUUGCCUUUUAGUGGGUUUUUAAAACAUUUUUUAUCAUGGACAUUUUAUGCUUUUUUUAAAAAAAAUUAUUUUUUAUUUUUUACCGCUUCUGGAGACUAACUUAAGUCUUCCAUUCUUUUUUGAGCAAACAGUCCGUUUCAUCAUGAUUAUAUUAUGGUGAUUACUUCAGUUCAUAUUUUAGAUGCAUGUAAAUACAAGAUGCUGAACUUUAUUUUUUAAAAUUUAAACUGGUUGUGGGUGGCGUCCUCCAACUGCUUGUGGUGCUUUAAUGCCUGAUAAAAUUUAAAUGCAAUGCUGCUUUAGUAGUGAUUUUUUUCAAUUUUUUAUUUUUUUCACUUCUCAACUGAUGCUCAAAAAUAAAAUAAGUAUAUGAACAUGUUAAA